AUGAGAGAUCACCUGCUUUGGCGGGACGUGUGCGUCAUCGACUGGGAUGGGAUCUUACCCGCUCAGAAGAUGUAUCAGGGCGGCAAGCUGGAGAAGAUGAGGACGAGAGGCGUCGUCGACUGGGACUGGGAUGCGUCCAUGUGCGUUUCCAAGGCAGGUUCCCUGGCGAGCCUUCGCUCUGCGUGGUCGUGA